ACGCGAAGGUCAUGAAACCGAGGGUUUGCAGGUGAACACGGACUGUCAUCCUGCCCUGACGCAGAUACGCUCCUGUCUUUAUCCAACUGAUAUUAUGCGUGCGUAUAGCAUAUUACGAAUGAUGGCAGCCAACCCUAUCUAUAACCGUAUUAAUUGUCCCUGUGCUUGCCUCAGAAUCUGGUUUUGCGGUCCCAAGUUGUAUUGAUUCUACCCGCUGCGGUACAUCUGUCAGGGACAUCGCUGACCUGUGCAACUGGCUUGUGGCAUGUGUUCUUCUGCAAUCCCUUCGUAGUUCGACAUACCUGGCACUCGUUCGCGAGAUGGGUGGAGGCUGGAAAUCGGCUCGAUGCGGCACUGCCGGUAAGCAUAAUAAGGUUAAGUUCAUCUUCAUCUCGCCAUGUGGACAUGUACGCAUGGCCUGUGCCAGACGCUAGUCCUCCCACAUACUCACUCUCAGACUACGACGUCACAAUCGCGAAUACAAACAGGAUGAACUCGGACGCCAGCAGUGCAGCCUCGGACAUCCCUAACGAGAACCUGCGCGCACUGCUCGAUGGCGUGGUAGCUGCCCUGAUCAUCGCUAAGGACGCGACUGCCGCAUUUCCACCGCUUCAGUCCGCAGUCGGAGGUGUUGCCGGAAUCGUAGAUAUCGUGAAGAAAAUGCGGUCGAACAUCGGACAGAUUAAGCUUCUCGAACAGUACUUACAUCGACUCUCCACCACUUUCCAAAAUCCCAUCUUCAAAAAUGAGAAGGGGUGCCCAGAGGACCUGCAGCGGCGCAUCGAUACCUUGGAGAGGCAACUGAAGGAGACGACGGAGAAGGUUCGCAAGAUUGCGUCCAAGCGCAGAGUAAUCCGAUUUCUCAGCUCAGACUCGCAUGCUGGGGACAUAGAAGAGUGCAUCAGGCAGAUAUCCUGGGCCAUCAACAACUUCGUCAUUGGAGGGACCAUUACGAUCGAGCUUGGCGUUAGCCGACUGUUGAACGCAGUGGAGAAGGGCUUCGACAAGGUCGAUACGCGGCUCGAUGUCAUGACUGGCAAAAUUGAAGGGCUGAGCGGUCAAAUCUCGGCCGGCGACUCCAGCCCCACUCCUCGUUAUGCUGUUGCCGCCCGCUUUAAUUACCCUAGCCAACGCGCCGUCUGUGGAGAUGGAACGCGAGUGGAGACUCUGGCCGCCAUUUAUGAAUGGUCCCAUCCCCACCAGACUCAACAAGGGGUCCCUGCGGUGAUUCUGCAGACGCCAAGAGCGGGCGCACAGGCCUUCUGGCUUUGCGGGUGGGCCGGUACGGGCAAGUCUACCAUCGCGCAGAGUGUGGCCGAGUGGUGCUGGAAGCGUAACUACCUUGGUGCAAGCUUCUUCUGUUCCAGGGACAAUCGAGAAUGUAGCGACAUCCAAAUGAUAUUUCCUACCAUCGCCUAUCAGCUUGGUCAGUUUUUCCCCGAGUUCAGGAAGAAGACUGCAGAGGUCUUGAAGCAGGAUCCCGACAUCCAGACGUCUCUCGUCUCCCAUCAGCUCAAGAAGCUUAUUGUUGAUCCCCUGCAGGCGCUGCUGCCCAACUUUCCGCCCUGUGCUGUUGUCAUCGACGCGUUAGACGAAUGCAAGGAUGACGAAACGACAUCUCUCAUUAUCCGUGCGCUCUCCCAACAUCUCCCCGAGCUAGCUCCUCUAAAGAUUUUCCUGACGAGCCGCCCCAUCCCGAACAUCACCCAUGGCUUCCAUUCGACUGGCCUACUCGACGUGACGCAGCGCAUCGUUCUUCACGAGGUGCCGUCGAACAUCACCGACCGCGACAUUGAAAUUUUCUUGCAGGAGAGACUGGCAGCUAUCCGAGAGACCUACAAGUUGGACAGGUCGUGGCCUUCGGCAGAACAGGUAUCAAAGCUGACCAAGCUCUCGAACGGGCUGUUCAUAUAUGCCGCUACGGCGGUGCGCUUUAUCGGCGAUUCCAGCGUCGGUGACCCACAGGAGCGCCUCCAGUUACUUUUGAAUAGCCAAGGGGCGCCGGUUGGCGAAGCGACGCCUUUCAACCAACUGGAUGAGCUGUAUCUCCAAGUUCUGAGGAGCGCGUAUCCCAAGAUGACUCGAGAGUUGAAAGCGAGGUUGAAGAUUGUGCUGGGCACCCUCGUACUUAUCCGCGAUCGCCUGUCUCCGAGCGCCAUCGACAGGCUCAUGGACCUCAAGCCCGGGUCGAUUCGUACUACGCUGGCACGUCUCCACUCCGUUGUCACAGUUCCCGAGCAGGACGACGGUGUCAUCAACAUCAUCCACAAAUCGUUCCAAGACUUCCUCAUUGACGAAAACCGAUGCCGUGACCGUGAUUUAUUAGUCAGUCCGGCUAUCCAGCACCGACUCAUCGCACAGCGGUGCCUCGAGACCAUGAUUGGCGGUCUGCGCAUGGACAUCUGCAACAUCGGACAGAGUGUACCAAGCUCCGAGGUGGCUGGGCUUCCGGACCUCAUCGCUCAGCACAUUCCUCCGUCCUUGCAGUAUGCAAGUCUCCACUGGGCACAGCAUGUCUGUAGCGGCGAGGUCGACGAUGAACUCUAUGGCUUGCUCAUCAAGUUCAGCGAGAGCCACCUACUAAGUUGGCUAGAGGUUCUGAGUUUACUCGGAGAGUUGGGGAGCGCGAUCUCUGUAUUGCAGAGCCUCCGCAAUAGAUUGCUGGUGUGUAACACCUUCACUCUCGAGAACGAACCUCACCACUGA